CUCCUCCCGCUCUUCCCCCCUCAUUUCUUCCUCUGCCUUCCGCAGCUCCGGGGUGGGGCUGGCAGAGCCGGCGGGCGGGGCCGGGCAAGGCGAGGGGGCGAUGCCGACUCAGCGCGAGAGCGGCAGCAACAGCGGCGGCGGGAACAGCAUGUCUCUCCCGGGCCUGGGAGGAGGCGGGGGCGGCUCCGGGGGUCUCGGUGGCCCUGGCGGGGACAGCGCCCACCAAGUCCGCGUCAAGGCUUUUUACAAGGGUGACAUUAUGAUAACCUACUUUGAACCUUCCAUCUCCUUUGAGGGAUUGUGUAACGAAGUUCGAGACAUGUGCGCCUUUGAUAAUGAACAGCUUUUUACCAUGAAGUGGAUCGAUGAAGAAGGGGAUCCAUGUACCGUUUCUUCUCAGCUGGAAUUGGAAGAAGCUUUUCGGUUGUAUGAACUAAACAAAGAUUCAGAACUCCUAAUACAUGUGUUUCCUUGUGUACCAGAAAGACCUGGAAUGCCCUGUCCAGGGGAAGAUAAGUCUAUUUAUCGCCGAGGUGCACGGCGAUGGCGAAAGCUCUAUUGUGCAAAUGGUCACACUUUCCAAGCCAAGCGAUUCAACAGGAGAGCUCAUUGUGCCAUCUGCACUGAUAGGAUAUGGGGACUGGGACGCCAGGGAUACAAAUGCAUCAAUUGUAAACUCCUCGUUCACAAAAAAUGUCACAAACUGGUCAGCAUAGAAUGUGGCCGACACGCAUUACCACAAGAGUCUAUGGAUCCUUCAUCAGUGCAUCUUGAUAACAUGGAACCAGUGAUUCCUUAUCAUCCUUCAAGUCAUGAAAGUUUGGACCAUGUUGGUGAAGAAAAGGAGGCAACAAGUAUUAGAGAAAGUGGUAAAGUAUCCUCCAGUCUGGGUCUCCAAGAUUUUGAUCUACUUCGAGUUAUAGGGAGAGGAAGUUAUGCAAAAGUACUUCUGGUUCGGUUAAAGAAGACUGAGCGCAUUUAUGCAAUGAAAGUUGUGAAAAAGGAACUAGUAAAUGAUGAUGAGGAUAUUGAUUGGGUUCAGACAGAGAAACAUGUCUUUGAGCAGGCUUCAAAUCAUCCUUUUCUUGUUGGCCUUCACUCUUGUUUCCAGACAGAAAGCAGACUAUUUUUUGUUAUAGAAUAUGUAAACGGAGGGGACCUCAUGUUUCAUAUGCAGCGCCAAAGGAAAUUGCCGGAAGAGCAUGCAAGGUUUUACUCGGCAGAAAUCAGUUUAGCAUUAAACUACCUUCAUGAACGAGGAAUAAUUUAUAGGGAUUUGAAACUCGAUAAUGUGUUGCUAGAUUCUGAGGGGCAUAUCAAACUGACUGACUAUGGCAUGUGCAAGGAAGGAUUAAGGCCUGGAGACACAACAAGCACAUUCUGUGGCACUCCUAACUACAUUGCUCCUGAGAUCUUGCGUGGAGAAGAUUAUGGAUUUAGUGUGGACUGGUGGGCUUUAGGUGUCCUGAUGUUUGAAAUGAUGGCAGGCAGAUCACCAUUUGAUAUUGUUGGAAGCUCUGAUAAUCCUGAUCAAAAUACAGAAGACUAUCUUUUCCAAGUUAUUCUAGAGAAGCAAAUCCGUAUCCCACGAUCCCUUUCUGUGAAGGCAGCAAGUGUUUUAAAAAGCUUUCUUAACAAGGAUCCAAAAGAACGGCUAGGUUGUCAUCCUCAAACAGGGUUUGCAGACAUUCAGGGACAUCCAUUUUUUCGUAAUGUUGAUUGGGACCUGAUGGAACAAAAGCAAGUGGUUCCUCCCUUUAAACCAAACAUAUGUGGAGAAUUUGGUCUGGACAACUUUGACUCCCAGUUCACGAAUGAGCCUGUUCAACUCACCCCUGAUGAUGAUGAUAUUGUGAAGAAGAUUGACCAGUCUGAAUUUGAAGGCUUUGAAUAUAUCAAUCCCCUUCUGAUGUCUGCUGAGGAAUGUGUCUGAGCUCCCACUUCUGAACUGUGCCAUUUGUCGCUGACACAUUUUUCUGCAUGGAUGAACAGUUUGCAGUUGGGAUGCAAUUAAUAAAAUGCAUUUACCUUUGUCAUUUGCUAUCAAAUAAGAACCUUUCAUUAACCUGCCAUAUAAGCUGGAUGCUUUUUAUUUGACUAUAAGGAAAUCUAAAACACUAAAACAGAUUUUGCCAAAGUUGAACUUGAAUCAUCAAGGCAACCAUUUUCCUACAGGCUGCCUAAUGUGAAAUAGAGGAUGUUGCCACCUAUUCCACUUGAAAUGUAAUGCAGCUCUGGGUUCAAAGUGGUCUAAUUAAAGAGCACCUGCUUGCAUUAAGUGAAAUUAACACAUCAAGUCCAGCUGUCUUCAGUUUUACAUGUGUAUGUUGCCAACCCAGAGUAAAACGAGUAUGCUCCCUAAUUCAUUUGAAGAACCCUUGAUAAACCUGAGUUCUCAGACCUGGCUAAGAAGCUUACUCGCAUUGGUGAUGGUAAUGUGUUAGACUGAAAACAAAUGAAGAGCAGCAGGAGAAUUUACAUGUACUGCCACAACCCGCUUCCAUUCCAUGUAUAUUCCACAUUCAGUGUGAACUGGACGUAAAGUUUCAUCUUUUAUGUUACAAUUUUAGCAUUGCAAUCCUGGGUGCACUUUGAGUAGGCGCCAUUGGAUUUGGUGGGAUUUACUUCUGAGCAAACAUGCAUAGGAUUGUGGUGUAAUAUUUGCAGUCUCCAGGAUACAGUGGUACCUCGGUUUACGAACUCAAUCCAUUCUGGAAGUCGGUUCUUAAACUGAAACUGUUCUUAAACCAAGGCAUGCUUUCCCUAAUGAGGCCUCCUGCCGCCGGUGUCCUUCCACCGUUCGGAUUUUGUUCUUAUGCCGAGGUAAAGUUCUCAAACCAGGACACUAUUUGCGGAGUUUGUAAACCGAAUCAUUAGUAAACCAAGGUACCACUUUAAUGCCUUGCUAUUUUUUUUAGACUUGGAAGUGGCACAGCAUUUACUAUAGGCUUGACAGAGUCAUGGAGAAUAGUUGCUUUCUUGACAGCGGAAACCAUGGCUGUCUCUAAAUAGGACUUUUCUUUCAAGCACCAUGCAGUAGAUUUAACUCCAAAAUUACUUGUCAUUCAUUUAAUCAAAGUUCUUUGGUAUACAUCCUUGCUAUGUAAAUGAGUGCCUUCUUAAGUCUGUCCUUUUCAAAAGGGCUAAUAAAAUGUAUGGUAUCAGUCUGAAUUAAAAUGAACCAGUAGAGGGUUUUUUAAAAAGAAAAAAUAAGUAUUUAGCAGAAAUAGGCAGCUAAUGUUAACAAAUACAACCUCAUGCAGCCAGCUUUAUAAUUUUGUAGCUUCUGUUAAGGUAGACCAGAAUUUAUUUUCACUAUGGAUUUAAAAGGCUAAUAGGCUCAUACAGCAGCUGUACAGUUUGAAAAACCAUUACACUAUACCACUACAAAAGGAUCCCUCUAUUAAUGUGAUUAGGGAAGUGUGGCUCCUUUCAUGGUCCUAUACUUACUGCUCUAAGAUGUAUGCAAAAGUCUAAAUAAAAAUUCAAACCAGCUAGGUCAGUGAAGAUGGGCGUUCUAAAGGUCUGUAUAUAAUUAAUAUAAUGAAGUACCGAGAAAAAGUUGCAUGCUUUAUCUUAAAAGUCGAGGAACUGCUGGCUGGAGAUGUCACUUGUGUAUUUUGCUUGAUUUUUAAAUGCUUGUAAAGAGAAGGGAUUUUCAAAGUGUUUUAGAUAAUAUAGAAAUGUGGACUUAACUUAAUAGUUGUCCAGAACCAAGCACAUUCUAGUUAGCCUUCUGGAGUUAUUUUUCUCUGCCAUUGUGAACUUAAUCUAUGGUACAUUUGUGCAUUAAGGCAAAAAUUGCCUCUUUGACUAGUAUGCAUUAUCUUCAUUGUGCUUUUCAAACACUGGCAUGUUGAAGAGGAGGAAUUCAACCACUUUGGUACUUUCCCUUGUUAAGCUCAUGUCAGUUACAGGGUACAUCUAAAAACAUUUAAUUGUGCUAUGUUUUAGAUCUGAUGAGUAGUCUUUCAGUUUUACAUUCUUGAAGGGGGAAGGAGACCUCUAUAACUUAAUAGAGCUAACUUACAACUUGGCUUGUGCCCUCUUAUUUUAUUUCGUCCUUUCUUAAUGUAUCUGAAAUUAGGCCACUAACAGCGGUUUCACUUCAUAAGCUGCAUGGUACAGAAUGACUUACAUAAGAGGUACAUUUUCUGACUCACAAACUGUAGGUGAGUGAAAUUCUCACAUCUAAGACUUUUCUUCAAAGCACAAAAGGAGUAAAAUUGCAGAUGUUACAAUGUGCUUCCUACCCCCUUGUAUAUGUGUGUCUUACUUAUUUCAUCUUAUAGUGUCAAUUUUUCACAACGAACUGAGGGAUGUUAAAAGCAAAUAUCAAGUUUUGUUUUGUUUUUCAUGUUUCCAAACAAGUGCCAUGGUAUUAAGUUGUUAGUUGUUGUUGUUUUUAACAAAAAUAUUAAAUGUAUAGAGGCUGUCUUAAAAUAUUGAACAGGGAAUUCAGACAUGGACAGCUAAUGCAGCAUGCUUUUCUGAAGGUAGCCCUUUAGUGUAAACAUUGAACUAAAUGGGUGCUUCCAUCUUGUACUAUGUACUUCCUUCAUUUUGCAGAUAUUGUACUGUACUGUGUAAUCUCUUGUAUUUCUGCACACUUUUUUACUUUCCAUUUUAAGUUUCAAAAUUAAAAAAAAACCACCAGGGCUUUUUCUUUAAA